GAUUUGAUGCGGUUUUCCAGACUAUAUUAUUUAAAAUGGACCAAAAUGUACUGGCUCGAAUUUGUACCAGGAGUAAUCGCAUAAAAAAGGAUAUCGAGCUGAAGUCUGCACAAGCAAAGUUUGAAACUCCGCAAAGGAUUGGCGAGUACAGUGUGACUUGCAACCGAGAUCUCAUACCAGCCAGAGCAAGAUACUUGUAUGGUGAAGAAACCUUGAUUAAUGGGAAAAACGUAAUGAUGGAUCUGAAUCAAGGAUUCGACGUAUUCAUGCAGAAGGAGGAAGAUAGAGAAAAAACAGAGAAAAAUUUUGAACUCAAAGCUAGCGAAAGACUUGAUAAUUUUUGGAAAUGGAUUAUUAUGCGAGCACCGAAGGGGAGCUCUGUCAAAAAGGUG